AUGAGGGUGAAGAAGCAGAAGCGCAAUCGGAAGGUGGUGAAAUUCUUCUCGGCGUGUUUCGGGUUCAGGGAGCCGUUCAAGGUCCUGUGCGACGGUACCUUCAUCCAUCACCUCCUCCUCCACGGUCUUGUUCCCGCCGAUGACGCCCUUGCGAAGCUUCUCGGUGCCCGUGUCACCCUGUUCUCGUCCAGGUUUCAUAUCCCUGCGCUCCCAUUCCUCAACUCCGGUCGGUUACCUAUGAUCGAGUUCUGUCUCCAUGGGGUCUUUCACUUUAUGUAGGUGCAUCACUGCAGAGCUCAGGAGCCUCGGCGAUUCUCACAUGGAAUCUCUUGAAGCAUCGCAGCAACUAAUCGCUGCCAGGUCAUCCUCCACCCGUUGUCUAAGUGUUCUUCUCCAUCUGAUUUUCGUAGACGGCUUCGCUUGAACCUCUUCAGUCUGGCCGCCCAUGCUGCAGCUGCGACCAUGAGAAGAGAGUGAAUGCGGCGGCGUGCGUAGAAUCGAUAAUCGCGGAAGGCAACGGUAAACAUUUUUUCGUUGCUACUCAAGACAUCGAGCUGCGUAGAAAGCUAAGAGAGGUGACAUUACCCCUUCCUUCUCUGUUCUAGUUUGUAAUGGCAUGUGCUGCGAUGUGGUAUACUUUAGAACGGAGCAGAGGUUUCGUAUACCUUCUGGCUACAAGCAUGGUUUGCGAAACAACAUCCGUUCCAAUGGUUCUCUCAUCUUAAUAGUUUCUUUCCCAGAUUCUUUUUUACAAUUUUUUAGGAUCCUUAUGAGAUUCAAUUAAGCAUGAGUUCAGACUGUGACAACGAUCACGUGGUCUCUUAUUACUUAUUUCUGAUAAAUGUUUGGACAAGCUUGGCUCUAUGCGAGGCAGAUGCGUACAUCUCUCUCUCCAAUUUGUUGCCCAUCUCAACUGCCGACAAGUUGGGAAAAUCAAUAUGACCCUUAUUCGUUCUAGCCUUCAGACUAGUUGCAGCCUUCAGACUAGUUGCAGCCUUCCUGUUGUAGGGUUUCCAGUUCUUCUUGCUUCCAUCUUGUGAGUUUUGCAGUGGAGGUGAGGAUUUACAUUUGCCUCUACAUUGCCUGCGAGCUAAAUAAAAGAGGAAACAUGGUAUUUUGGGGGAAGCAUGAUAUUCUAGGGGUACCAGAAAUGAAAUGAAAUCUUCCGAUCUGUGUAUCUUUAAGAACUAAGCCUUCUGAUUUGUGUAUUUUUGUGAGUUUUUUUCCUGCUGUGAUGCCUCAUCUUAGUCGUCUAUCAAGCAUGUUUAGCGAGCAAUUAUCAGUUGAAAAACUCUCAUAAUAAUAAAAUUAUGAAUAGUGUAUUUAUGAGGAUAGAUUUCCGACGUGUUGAAGGCUUUGAGUAUAGAUUGCCAGACGGGAUAGGUGCUGAAUUAUCUAAUGAUAUUUCAGAUGCUUACAAUUGGGGCACGUUGACGUCUACAGCCUUAAUAAGGACUGUAAAUUUCGGAAGGUGUUGAGACUUUGAUUGACUUCUCAUUAAGGAUGUUAAAUGGCAGGUGCAUUGGGUGAUGUACAAUCAGGCCUAAUGUUUCUGCCUAUUAAUUUGUUUAAUGCUCUAGACCGUGUGUUAUCUCGACUACAUGGUAUCAAAGCCAUUCUAAGGUUUUAAACCUUAUUUUCAGCACCAUCACAGUUGACACUGCUUUGUCGGCGUUCUCUCCAUUGUCUGCUGGAGUUAUAGGCGCUGUACACUUCCGGCAAGGGAUCUUCUCCUUAGCUAUGUUUCUUUCAGGGCGAAUCUAGGUGUGAUCGCUCCAUUUCUUUGCUUCCGCACUGAUCUACUGGUCUGUUACGGUUCUUGGACCAUUUUUUCUUGUCUCUAUUGAGAUUUGUUCACAAAUUUGAUUUUUUCGUGAAUUUGAACAUCCUCUUUAAAUGGAGAAUGUGGGAGACAAUUCUUCAUCAUCUGUGGGGGAUCCAACCUCCACAAGGGAAGUUAAUCUUGGUCCAAGAUUACUCAUAGAACUUCCUGCAAUGCCUGCAAAGUUCAAAUUGACUGGAUACAAUUUGAUUCAAUGGUCAGAAUAUGUUUGAGAGGUAUUGACUGGAAGAAGGAUGUUACAUCAUCUGAUUGAGGGGAAACCGGAUCCAUUGUCUCGAGAAUUUCGUAGAUGGAGAGAAGAAGAUGCAUUAAUCAAAACCUGGCUUUGGGGAACAAUGAUUUCCCAAAUUAGUUGAGAUUUUUUCUUUCUAUCUACAGUCAAAGAUAUGUAGGAAAUAGUUCACACGAAAUUCUCACAAAGAAAUAAUGAGGCACAUUUAUAUGAACUUGAGACAAAAUCCAUGUCCACAAUUCAAGGAAAUAAAUCUGUGAUGGAAUAUACAGGAGAAUUGAAAAAUUUAUGACAAGAAAUCGAUUAUUAUCUCAACAUUGAUAGAGAAAAACCUGCAGAAAUUGUUGUCCUACGACAUUUUAUAGAACAAAGAAGAGUGUUUAAUUUUUUGGCUGGACUUAAUUCUGUUUUUGAUCAAGUUAGACAAUAGAUGUUGAGUCGUGAAAGGAAAUUUGAUUUGGAUGAAGCUAUUUCCAUCAUUUUAAAUGAAGAAAGUCGUCAGAAAUUAAUGUUGUCAGUGCCUGAAGUUGACAAUAUUGCAUUUAUGAUUAAGCAGGGAGGAAUUAUGAAGAAAGCCUCAGAUCAAGCUAAACAGCCCCAGCAUGGCCAAGGAAGAAAUCAGAAGACUGAUUUUCGUGAUAAUCUGUGGUGUACAUAUUGCAGGAAAGCUCGUCACACUAGAGACAGAUGUUAUAAAUUACAUGGUAAACCACAAAAUUUUGGCACUGAAAAAUAUGGCAGUCAAUCACAUUUGGCAGCAGGAUUACCAACUAGUCAGUCUUUAGAUUUCCAAAUCAGUCAACAUUCUUCUUCUCCUCAAAUUGAGGAUAUAGAGCGACUUCGAAUUGAGUUAGAAAAAUUGAAGUCGAUAGUGACACAAUUCUCAUCAAUUCAACCUGGUAUGUUUCACCACUCUCUUGGAGUUAGAGGUUCUUCUAGAGAUAUUUUUAAUAAUUGGGUAGUGGACUCAGGAGCAACGGACCACAUGACCAACUCCUCCAGCCUUUUCACCAAAUACAACCCCUAUCCUAAUGAUAGAGAAGUGACUACUAUAGACGGAUCCUUUCUAACCGUCGCAGGUGUAGGAGACAUUAGACUUGAACCUCUAGGGGUUCUUAUUAAUGUUCUUCAUGUCCCUAAGUUAUUUACAAACCUCAUUUCAGUUAAAAAACUUGUUAGAGACUUACCUUAUCGUGUCUUUUUGAUGAAGAUGCAUGUGUCAUAUUUGAUAAGGUACAUCAUCGGAGGAUUGGAGUUGCUAGAGAGCAUGAAAGUCUUUAUCUUCUAGAAGGACUGAGCCAAACACAUCUAGUGGAAGCAGAUCAAUCUCUAGAACCUCUAGAAGAUGUCCUUAAGAUACGAUUACUUCACCAACAGAUGGGUCAUCCAUCCUUUAGCACUUUGAAAAUAGUUUUUCCUACUUUGUUUCGAAAGGUGUCAUUGGACACUCUUAAAUGUAGUGUGUGUGAACUUUCUAAACACACACGUACUUCAUUUCAAUCUCAAGGGGAAAGGAGUGAUGUUCCUUUCUUCCUAAUUCAUAGUGACAUUUUGGGACCAUGUCCCAUUAAUGACAUUCGUGGUAAUAAAUGGUUUGCCACUUUCAUUAAUGAUUGGACAAGAUGUAUGUGGGUCUUCCUUUUCAAACAAAAAUCUGAUGUGCAUGAUGUUCUGAAUUUUUUUUGUGCCAUGAUAAAAAAUCAGUUUGGCACUAGUAUUAAAAAAUUUAGAUCUGAUAAUGGUAAAGAGUAUUUUAGCCAAAAUAUGAAUUUAUACUUCCAAACAUAGGGCAUCAUACAUGAGUCUUCUUGUGCCUAUACCCCACAGCAAAAUGGUUUAGCUGAAAGAAAAAAUCGUCAUCUUUUAGAAGUCACUUGAUCAAUUUUAUUUCAGCAUCAUGUACCUAAAGUUUUUUGGGGGGAGGCUGUUCUAACAGCCACAUACCUCAUCAAGCGACUACCAUCUAGAACCUUAGGCUUCCUCAGCCCGUUAGAUUCAUCAGCCAAGUUUUUUCCAGACCAUCAACUUAGAACCUAAGACAUUUGGUUGUGUCUCUUUUGUUCAUGUUCAUAAUCAAAUCAAAGGCAAACUAGAACUAAGAUCACUUAAAUGUGUAUUUCUUGGUUAUGCUACCAAUCAAAAGGGGUACAAAUGUUACCACCCUCCUUCUAGAAUUUUUUUUAUUUCAUUAGAUGUUACAUUUCAUGAAUCUGAUUCUUAUUUUAAAGAAUCUCCAUCCAGUGAUCAACAUCUAUUUUCUACAGCUCAUAUGGAUCAACAUGUAGAUUCUUCACUCUCGUCUUCAGCUGGUAACCUGUUCAUUCCCAUUUCAGUCCCUGAAAUACCUAGUCCUAUAUUGAAUUCGCUUCCUGAAAACCUAAGGUUUGGCAAGGUUUAUUCUAGGCAACGGGAAAUUCACGAUUCACCAAAAUUCCAAGAUUCUGAUUUGACCUUAGAAAAUAUACAGCAAUUAACAUCUCCUUCAUUUGAUGAUCCUACCGUCCUAUCUCAUGAUUCACUUCCCAUUGCCCUGUGCAAACUUAUAAGGGAGUGUACAAAAACACCCUUGUACCUAGCUGCCAAUUUUUUGUCUUAUCAGAAACUUUCCUCACCCUAUCAAUCAUUCCUUGCAUCUUUAGACACCACUACCAUUCCAAAAAAAUUCUCGGAGGCUCUAUCCAAUCCUAAGUGAAAACAAGCCAUAGAUGAUGAGAUGAGAGCUCUUGCAAAAAAAUCAGACAUGGGAUCUAGUGGAAUUACCACGAGAUAAGAAGAUUGUUGGUUGCCAAUGGGUGUACACAGUAAAAUAUAAAUCGGAUGAUUCGAUUGAGAGGUAUAAAGCCUGGCUGGUGGCUAAGGGUCAUACACAAGUAUAUGGAAUAGAUUAUCAAUAAACUUUUGCACCAGUGGCUAAAAUAAAUACAGUUCAUUUUUUACUAUCCUUAGCAGCAGUUUUCAGCUGGAAUAUUCAACAAUUUGAUGUUAAAAAUGUAUUAUUGCCUGGUGAUUCGGUUGAAGAAGUCUACAUGACUCUUCCACCAGGAUAUGAAGGUAAUCAUUCAUCUAAUCUUGUUUGCAAGUUAAAGAAAUCCCUUUAUGGCCUCAAACAGUCUCCACAUGCAUGGUUUCGAAGGUUUACAGUAGCCAUGAAGAAACUGGAUUACAACCAAAGUAAUGCUGAUCACACAUUAUUUUUUAAACACUCUUCUUCAGGGGGAGUUAUAUUUCUAUUAGUUUAUGUUGAUGAUAUUAUCAUCACAGGAAAUGAUGAAGGGGAGAUCCAAAACUUGAGCAAUUGUUUGACCCAAGAGUUUGAUGUCAAGACUUUGGGACGUCCCAAGUAUUUUUUUGGAAUCGAAGUGGCACAUUCUUCUAAAGGCAUUUUUAUUUCUCAACGAAAGUACAUAACAAAUCUGUUAGCUGAAACAAGGAAAUCUGCGUGUAAACCAGCCAAUACACCUAUUGAUCCAAACCAGAAAUUGUGUAUGGCAGAUGAAGAAAUUUCUAUUGACCGUGAGAUGUAUCAACAUCUCAUUGGCCGACUACUUUAUCUAAUACACACUCGACCGGAUAUCUCAUAUGUAGUGAGUAUAUUGAGCCAAUUUAUGCAUCAACCUAAAGAGUGUCAUUUACAUGCUGCCUACCGAGUGCUACAUUAUUUGAAAGGCACACCAGGAAAAGGGGUUCUUUUUAAACGAAGUGGAAAGGUAGAGUUUGAGAUGUUUACAGAUGUUGAUUAUGCAGGCUCAACGAUUGAUCGAAGGUCAACCUCCGGUCAUCUUACUUUUGUUGGUGGCAAACUUGUCACUUGGAGGAGUAAAAAAACAGAAUGUAGUUGCUUGGUCAAGUGCUGAGGCUGAGCUUAGGGCACUUGCCCAAGGAAUAUGUGAGUUACUUUGGGUCAAGAACUUACUUGAUGAGUUACAAGUUUCUUUCUUCAGUCGUAUGAAGAUUGAUCUAGUGCACAACCCAGUACAGCAUGACCAUACCAAACAUGUGGAGAUUGAUCGCCAUUUCAUCAAAGAGAAACUUGAGGCCAAUGUGAUUUGUAUAUCAUACAUUUCAACAAAUAAUCAGUUGGCAGACAUGCUUACUAAAGACAUCUCGGGGACACAACUGCAGAAGAUUAUUCCCAAGCUGGGAAUGGACGACAUCCAUUCACCAACUUGAGGGGGAGUGUUGUCGAGAUGUACUUAAUACCAUGUAUACCUUACAUGUUUACAUAUAUGUCCUCAUGUAUCUUUCAUUUCGUGUUACAUUAGUAUGUCUAGAACCUUCUAGGGAUCUGGUAUAAAUACUGGAUCCCGCUCUUCUUGUAAACAGUUUUUUGAUCAAUAAAGUUAGAGUUCUUCUUCCACGAGUGCUGGGCGCCUAUCAGAGCUCCAGACCGUGUUAUCUCGACUACAAGUUUAUUGAAUUCCUAACUUAAUAGCUGUGAGGUUGGAAGCAUACAUUAUUUUUUUCUUGCUUAUUCAUAUUUAAGCGUUCGGGGGAUCCAGAAGAUGAACGUGGAUGCCUUAUUCCCUGUUAGAGGAAAAACCCUUUGGUUAUCUGCUAGAUGAGAAGAUAGCACUGUUUGAGUCUGACAUUUCAGUUAAAAAUGUAUUAACAUUUAAUUUUUUGUUUUACUCUCUGAAAUAGAUACGUGGUGUUCCUGUCAUCUACGGAUUGAAAAAUUCUCUGUUUAUUGAACAACCGUCUAUGACACAACGGGAGUUUGUCAAAUUAUCUGAAGAGGAACGGUUGCAUGCAAGUGAAUCAGAAAUACGAAUUUUAAAGAAAAAAGAAGGAAAGGAUGAGUUGCCGGAGCAAGCUUUGACAGACUGUGAUACUGCUCGUGAUGCCUUCGGGGGUAUAGAUGUAAAUCAGAAUACAAGACUUCGAACGGCUAAGAAAAAGUUGGAUUCUGCGGAGAAGAGCAAGUUCAAGAGAAAGAGAGCAAAGGUUGGAAAUUUAUUUCGUAGAUUGUAGCAGCUUUAUAGCUCUAUUAUUUUUUUUAAUGGUAUUUGUGACAUUGGGCUUUAUGAUUUGAACUAAAUAUAUGUUUACCGUUCUACUUUUCACGUAAUAUUUAAUUAAUGUCGAGAGGAAUUCGUCUGUAUACCUCACAAUCUGCUUGAAAAAGGAUUCUACAUCGGAAAUAGGCAUACUUGACUCGGCAGGUCAUGAGUUGAAUUAAUUUCCGGGCACAUCUUUGAAAGCCAUCACAGCCUAGAUACCGAGACUACCUGCCUAGACAUUUUGGACAGGUUGCAUGCCACAAAAAAAAAUAGGCUACCGAAGAGAUUAGUAUGUAGUUUCAGGGUAUCUCAGAUGCCACUACACUCCACUCCACUUUAAGAAUGAAGAGGAUGCUUUAGUUAGUCUUUCAUUUUGAGCCAUGUAGUCAGAAACUUCAAAUGUCUUUUGCGAUAAAAGACAUGAUCAGAGCAAACAUGUACAUCAUAUAUUUGUGAUUGUGGUUUUUAGGUUUUGAAGAGAGAUUAUUUACCUGGCAAUGAGGGUCGCUCUCCUUGUUACCCUCGCUGCUCAGGUUGGCAGUAGUAUACACCCUGGCGUUUCCUAGGCAUAUUGCAAACAGAAAGACACCUGCGAUGGAGAUUUGUUGAAUUCAUUGUGACAUGCAGUGGACUGGGUUUCAGUUUCUUGUCUGGCUGAGGCGUUUCUGGGUGCAAAUCUGUAGGGUACUCAAUUCAUUUCGGUCGUAAUCUGCCUCAGUUAAUGAUAUCUAUACCUGAAAACAAGGAUCAGCGCAGCAUAAUAUUUUCCAGGGCCGUUUGCACUGGAAAUAAUCGAGAAAAUAAAAGAGCGUUUGAUGUUCUUUAACAUCUAAAACCAGAAUGAGGGCUCCGCAGGUGUUUUUCUUUAUAUUGUCAAAAACACAAAACAGGCUAAAGAAAGGAUUUGGUAUCUGUGCUGUUGCGUUGGGCAUCAGAUUCUGACUGUAUCUUGCCUUCGCGAAGAAUCUUUAUUUAUCUGGAAGGUUUUUAGACUUGUGUAGAAAUUCUUAUCACAUGUUCGAUUUGGAUCGGCUUACAUUAUGUAGAAAUAUGCUCAUCAUGAUGUAUCAUAACAAUUUUCUCUUUAUUUCUGGAAACAUCCCCUAAAAUUCCAUCUCCAAUUCUUCAAUAAUCUAUGCAGGGACCGAACCCUCUUUCCUGCAAGAAGAAGAAACCCAAAGAGAGCUUUGUAGCCGGGUCCAAUCAGGUGACCUUAUUUUGCUGUUGAAUAUGACUUUUUACUCGUGCUAGUUGGUUCUUUUGUUCUGCAUCUGAAUCUCCAUGUAUCCCUCUCAGCCUUUCUGCAUGUACAUCCAAGCAUGCACAUAAUAUAUGUUCCCUGCCAUUUAUUCUGUCUCAUUGCAUUCUUUGUUUGAUUCUUGAUAGGCAUAGAUAUGCAGACACUGACGUAUUUUGGCCGAGGAAUCUCUCAUUCAUCAUGGCUUUCAUUAUUCUAUGCCUUCCUCGUUUCUUUUUUUCUAUGUAUGCCAUCAUGUUUUUAGUUGGCAUAAACCAACACUCCUAAAGUUGAAUAAUCACCUGACUCUUCUUUCAUUCAAUCGCUGUUGGACUGCAUGAUCCAGGAGGGAGGAGUCGAGCACUCCAGAAAGAGAAAGAGAAGUAGAAGGAAGGACCCAAGACCAGAACAAAGCUCAGGGAGCUAA